UGGACUCCCUCGGCCGCGACGACUAACAUGGGGACGGCCGCCCGCCAGACUUUGCUCUUAAUUCUUGUGUGUGUGGGGUCCGGGGGUUUUAAUCAUGCCGCUGCGAACAGCUCAGGUGCAGCCUCAGCAGGUGUCACCGUGGUGGACGGGAUCGACAUGUCCAAGUACCACCAUUACGACGACUUGGUGCGGCUGGCGGACACCCUGAAGGUGCAGUACCCGCACCUGGUGGAUCACUACUCCGUGGGCAAGUCCGUCCAGGGGAGAGAGCUCCUGGUCCUUAGGAUCAGCGAGAAUGUGGCCGAGCGGGACCUCACAGAACCCAUGUUCAAAUUCGUGGCCAACAUCCACGGGGACGAGACCGUGGGGCGCGCCCUUAUGGUGUUCCUGGCGCAGUACCUGGUGGCCCAGUACGGCUCCGACCCCAGGGUCACCAGGCUGCUCAACCAGACCGAAAUUCACCUCAUGCCGUCCAUGAACCCCGACGGCUUUGAGCUGGCCAAGGAAGGGAGUUGUAACGCCUUCAGAAACUCAGGCCGAGAGAACGCCAACAAUCAAGACCUUAAUAGGAACUUCCCUGUCCAGUGGGAGAAUCCCUCAGAAGCAGAGAUGGAGAAAGGAAGAGAACCCGAGACAUUGGCUGUCAUGAGCUGGAUUGUUCGGAAUCCUUUUGUUUUAUCUGGUAAUCUGCAUGGUGGCUCUGUGGUUGCCAGCUACCCAUUCGACGACAGCAGCCGUCACCCUGAUUGCUGUGUUGAAAGCAAGACUCCCGAUGAUCAAAUUUUCCGCCUCCUGGCCUCUACGUAUGCUUCAAACCAUGCUACAAUGCACCAGGGAAAUCUCUGUGUGGGAGAUAACUUCCGAGGGGGAGUUACCAAUGGGGCUUUUUGGUAUGAUGUUAAAGGGGGAAUGCAGGACUUCAACUAUGUGUAUGGAUCAUGCUUUGAAAUAACCUUUGAGCUCUCCUGUUGUAAGUAUCCCAUGGCAUCUGAGCUCCCAGAUGAGUGGAUAAAGAACAGGGAAUCACUCCUGGCAUUCAUGGAAAAGAUUCAUAUGGGUGCAAAAGGUGUUGUAACGGAUUCCGUAACUGGGGAGGGAAUUGAAGGAGCGAAAGUGAGUGUGGAGGGAAUUAACUACAAUGUGACAACUUCAUCAAGAGGCGAAUACUGGAGGCUGCUCUUACCUGGAACCUACACUCUGGUGGCAAAGGCAUAUGGGUACGAGACAGCCCAGGAGAGCGUGGUUGUGGUGAAUGGAACUGUUUCUCGUUUGGACUUCAAGCUUAAGCAGAUUGCACAAGUUUCAGUUCUCCAUGUAACAGGAGACAGGUUGGAAAAAUUAAAGAGUGUUAAGAUUGAUCUGCCCAUUAAGGAACGUGCAAAACGAAACCUGUCAAAAACUCCAUUGUUAACAACAACUAAUUCUGAGAUUGAUACAAAAAAAGACACUGAGGUUACUACACCUGUUGGAUAUUCUAACACUUACACUAAUGAAAGUAACAAUUAUACCUCUGAAAUCUCUGGUACCACAAUGCUUCCUGCUUCUAGUCUGGCAAUGGCAGAUCUUACUGAUAAUGGAAAUGGUUCACUUGCAACUCUUGGUGAAUUAAGUAACAGUAGUGUCACUGUUCCUAUGGAAGCUUACACUACAAUAAGUAGUAGCAUGCCAGCAACAAUAUCAUCAGCCAGUAGUGACACUGAGCAUUCGGUGGCUGCUGAAAGUUUAGACUCGUCAUCCCCUGUGUCAGCUGUAACUCCACCUCCUGCAGUCAGCACAACUACUACGACAACUACAACAACUGUAGCUACAUUUAAACCCAAGAAGCCAGAGGAAGAAGGAUUUACCUCAGAGCCAGAGUUUAAAUAUCACCAUUACCCAGAUUUGCAAGAUUUCAUGAUGAAGUUCGCUAAAAGAUACCCAAGUCUUACAAGAUUAUAUUCCAUUGGUACAAGCGUAGAAGGCAGAGAACUCUACGUCUUAGAGAUCUCUGACAACCCUGGCAUUCAUGAGCCUGGUGAGCCAGAAUUUAAAUAUGUUGGCAACAUGCACGGGAAUGAAGUCGUAGGACGUGAGACACUCCUUUUGUUGAUACAGUACCUGCUUGAAGGAUAUGGUGUUAAUGACCGUGUUACAAGUCUUGUUAAUGAUACAAGAAUACACAUUUUGCCGACUAUGAAUCCAGAUGGUUUUGAGGCUGGAAAUGAAGGUGACUUUGCUGGAGUUUUAGGAAGAGCCAAUGCUAAUAACAGAGAUCUCAAUAGGAAUUUCCCAGAUCAGUACUUCACCAACCAGCAAAACAGAGUUCAGGAGCCAGAAACUUUAGCUGUGAUGAAGUGGCUGAAGGAGUAUCCCUUCGUCCUCUCGGCAAAUCUCCAUGGAGGGUCUUUGGUUGCCAACUACCCAUGGGAUGACAACCCCCAGGGGAGAAGUGGCCUCUACAGUAAAUGUCCAGAUGAUGAGAUCUUCAAGAAGUUAGCCAAAGCCUACUCAUUUGCUCACCCAAAAAUGCCACAUGGGAAACCAUGUAAUAGUCCAAAUGUGGUAUUCCCUGAUGGUAUCACAAAUGGUGCCAGGUGGUAUAGUGUAUCAGGUGGUAUGCAAGACUACAACUACUUGCAUUCAAACUGCUUUGAAAUAACGGUUGAGAUGUCAUGUAAUAAGUAUCCAUAUGCAAAGGACUUGCCAACAUACUGGAUGGAAAACAAGAAUUCUCUUAUUACAUACAUGGAACAGGUCCACACUGGAUUGAAAGGAUUUAUUUUGGAUGAAAAUAAUAAUCCUAUCAGUAAUGCUACAAUCUCAGUAGCAGAUAUUGAUCAUGACAUUGUAUCAGCUGCUGAUGGCGAUUAUUGGAGACUCCUUGUGCCAGGAGAGCACCUUAUUACAGUGCAUGCCCCUGGGUAUCAGCCAAGUAGCAAGAAGGUCGAAGUUCCUCACCUGUGGUCGAAGCAGGUCAACUUCACCCUAAAGGCUGAUGGCUCUCAGGACUGGUCUGUGAGGGAAGAUUUCAGCAUCACAGAGAACCUUGGGGAGACCUAUUUGAGCAACUCCGAGCUCAGUUCAGCCAUGGCCAAGAUUGAAAACGAUUACAGGGAAGUGGCUGAAUUUUUGGCCAAUGAGAAUGAGUGGAGUAUGAAAAUCCAUGCUCUCCAUAUGGCUGCUGAGCAAGAGGCAUCAUUUGACAACAGAGUUCGAGUAGUGGUAGUUGGGGGGUUGUACGGUGCUCAGCCUGUUGGUCGUGAGCUUGUCAUUCGUCUUGCUCGACACCUGGGAGCAGGAUGGGCCAAAAAGGACACGAAGAUACAAACUUUGCUAGAGAAUACAAGGAUUUUCCUUGUGCCAGCAAUUGAUAUUGAUGGUUUUGAUGCAGCUAUUCCAGGAAUGUGUGGAUACAGCAAAUUAAGUGAGAUGCAGAAUGAGGUUGGAGGCUCAUUCUCACCAGAGAUUAGCAAUACUUAUGCUCAGGCUACAAUUUCAAUGUUGGAGCAGAUCAAACCACAUGUUGUGCUCUCCCUCGAGUCUGGAGGAAUCUUUAUGAGGUUCCCACGGGAUGACCCCUCGGCAAACACUCCCAUGACUCCAGACGAGGCCAAUUUCCAGUUUUUGACAGAGACAUAUGCACAUGGGCAUCCUACAAUGCUGCAGGCUGAGAACCCAUGCUCGCAAUGCAAAAGUUCAAUUAAGAAGAAUAUUAAUUCAGCCUUGAGCUCUACCAUCCAGAUUGGCCAACUCAUACUGUCAUUGUUUAAUGGAUUGUUAACUCAUGCCAAGCACUGCCUCCAAAUUGCCUUCACAAUUAGUGGGAAUCAAGAUUUUCCCACUACUUCACAGCAUGAUAAACUGGUGAUUUCUGGCAAUGGCCAGACACUGGGCAAAGGAGUCCACUACAUCAAGCAGAAUAUUCCACUCCAAGUGCUUUGGCGCAUCACAUGUGAUGGUGCCCUAAAGCUAACAAUCACCAUCAUUAAACAGCAUGAAUCAGAAGUUACAAGCCAAAUUCUUGAGGGCAAUAGUAAUAUGACAGUUGUGAGUAAAUGCAUAAUUUACCUUGUUGGUGAGGUGUUCUUUGGCCAAGGACAAGAGCAAGUUCCACCAUGUUACAGGUUGAAGGGCAAGCCAUACAUCCAGGUCUCACUAGCAGCACGACCCCGCAACCCGAAGUUCAGCGUAGUUUCCAAGGUUUGGUCACACCAGGUCCAUGGCCAUGUCCAAGCUCAUUGGACAACAGGCUUCCCUCAUUCCCUGCACGUUUACACAGCACAUGUGCUUAAGCCACAGAACCAGGAACCAAGAUCAGCAUUCCCAGCAGAACACAACAGCAGCAGCAGCAACACAAGGACAGCCCAGUUGAUCCGCACUUUAUUUUCAGCACCCAGCCAUACCUGUGGACACUCACACCCACACAAUCACUCCUGUAGAGAUAUAGACCACAGCACAACUCCACAACCUGAAGUUCCCGUUGAUUUCUACUUCAUCUUCAGCACCCAGCCAUACCUGCUUUCACUGUCAGGCAAUUCCAUCACAUGGUACAGUGACUCUAUGUUGUCUUUUAUUCCUAGAAAAAAGAAUAAAGGUAUAAAAGAUCCAAAGAGAAACAAGCAAGCAAGCAAGAUUAGGGGUUGCAAGAGUGCUGCAAAUGAUCUCAAAAGGAAUUUCUUCAGAGCAGUAGUCGAAACGGUACUCAUCUAUGGUUCCACUGCCUGGACCCUCACAAAAUCUCUGGAACAAAAACUCAAUGACCAAAGGAUGAGAUUCACAGGGCACUGCUGGAGAAGCAAAAACGAGCUAGCUAGCGAACUCCUACUAUGGACUCCUAGUCAUGGCCAAGCAAGAACUGGACGGCCAAAGAAAACAUACACACAACAACUUUUACAAGACGCGGAUCUACAACAAGUUGUUGAUCUCAAGACAGUAAUGAGUGACAGGAACAAACUUAAGGAUAUUGCUUUUAUGUCCUCAACAGGCAUAUCUGGACAGGUGGUGGACGACAAGGGGGAACCCGUGACUACAGCCAAGGUGCUGGUUGAUGGCAAGGUGAUUCAACUGCAAGAAAUGGCUUCCUUUAGGAAAUUGCUGCCUGUAGGCUCACACACUCUCCAGGUAACUGCCGAUAACUUGGAGAACAAAACAAUGGAGUUAGUCGUACCAGCUAACAAGGAGGUCCCAGCUAGUGUCACUCUGGAUUCACUCAAAGAGAUGACAAUAGGCUACCAUUCAUACUACGGGACUGAGGAUCACUUACGGAAGCUCAACUCCAACUACUCAGAAAUAUCGAACCUUUACUUAAUUGGAAGAAGCUCUAAGAGUCGGCAGAUUUUAGCCAUGGAAAUUGAUGUUCCACGAAAUGAUAAACAACCAGCAGUACCUUCAGUAGCUAUAAUUGGAGGUCUUGGGGCAAGUGACAGAGGUGGCAAGGAGCUGGUCCUGGAAUUUGCAAGGUACUUACUUUCUCACUAUAAUCAUGAUGCAACAGUGAGUAAAAUACUACAGAUGACACGUGUUCAUCUGGUACCAACUCUGAACCCAGAUGGCACUGCUGAAGUACCAAAGGGCAAGGAGAAGGGUGAGAAUUGUCAGCAAGUGGAUACAAAGAAUGGCAAUGGUGUUGAUAUGGACACAAGCUUCACUGCUAAAGAUACAGUGACCACAAAUGAACAGCCUGAAAUUACAGCCAUUCAAAAGUGGAUGACAGAAAAGAAAUUCACCUUGGCCCUUGUACUGAGAGGAGGAGGACAGGGAGUGGCAGUGCCGCUAUCUAGUGUCUCCAGCUUCAGCAUGUCACAUCAUGAUUCUGAGGUCUUCAAUCAUCUUGGCUCAGUGUACUCAAAGGCAGCAGGACUACCUCAGGAUAAGUCACAGUGCAAAGAUGUCAAGCUCACCAAUGGUACAGCCCGCGAUUCAGAAUAUCACCCCCAUUCUGAAAGCCUGUUGGACUGUUUUUAUGGCCACAGUGAGACUCUGGCCCUCAAUGUUUACUAUAGUUGUUGUGGUACUCCUGAUGAAAGGACUCUGGGUCAGUUGUGGAAGAAACAUAAACCAGCACUACUUAAGUACCUUACUCUUGCAAACAUGGGUGCAAUGGGAUACGUUACUGAUCUAUUUGGGUCCCCAAUACCUGAUGCGCAGAUCAAGUUUGAUGAAUCAGAGCAUGUUGUUACCUCCUCUGUAGACCAUGGAGCUUGGUGGAGGCCCUUGACCCCUGGAACACACACACUUACAGUCAAUGCUGAAGGAUAUUACAGUCAGAAAAAGCUUUUGCAAGUGGUCGGAGGUGACACGGUUGUCUUCAGAUUGGAAAAAGAUGAUAGUGUAUUUGGGAUGCCUAGAAUGGUGUUUGUGAUCAUUGCUGGUUCUCUUACUCUGCUGCUAAUGGUCUGUUGCCUCUGUGUUGCCACUCUCCGCUCAAAGCAACGAAGGAGAAAACAAUAUGGCUUCUACCAGCUAGGCAAUGCUGCUGACAUUUUCAAUGAUAGCUCUAGUGGCUCAGAUGACGAGACCCAGAUAAGGUUCUUGAAUGGAGCAACCAAGAACAAAGUGAAAAAGAAGAGAACAAGCAGAAUACCCACCUACAAAGACCUUGUUUCAAGCUCAUCGGAUGAAGAUGAACUAUUCCUUAAGAAUACCUAUGUGAAGAAGAAGGGGCAGAGGUGAUCGUUGUGUUUAGCCUCUAUGUAAAUAGUUCUCUGAAAGAACAAAGGUACAUUAGGUAUAGGUAAUGCAACAGUAUGGCACAAUAUACCCUUAAAUGGAUACACUGUUACACAAAUACAUGCAUACAUACUCUCACUCUCACUCUCUCUCUCUCUCUCUCUCUCUCUCUCUCUCUCUCUCUCUCUCUCUCUCUCUCUCUCUCUCUCUCUCUC